AUGACUAAAGGGCUAUUUAUAGUAUUUCUAACAGUAUGGCAAUGGAAUUAUUGUGUAUGUGUGCCUGCAAGCUAUCAACGACAGCGUGAUGCCAUCGUCCAAAAAGAAAUGGACAUGCGAAUAGGAAGUCAUUGGAAUUUAACAGAUGAUGAAAAGAUAGUUAACAAUAUAUUCCUGGGAGCGAAGAAAAACGACUAUUUCAAUGCCAGAGUCAAUAACUCGUUUUAUCCACCAGCUCAAAAUUUCUUCCAAUCCAAGAAAUUCAUCGAUAAAUCGCUCGUUUUCCAGAUGAUCGAGAAAAUGCCGAAAGGCUGUGCCUUACAUAUUCACGAUUCAAGUGUGGCAAGUUUAGAUUGGUUCAUCCAGAACGUCACAUACAGAGACAAUCUUUAUAUUUGUUUUAAUUCUGUGUCUGGGAAACCUAGUCUUCAUUUUUACUCCAAGGCACCGGCUAACCCAGAUUGUUAUUGGGAGUUGAUAUCUGCAGUCAGAAAAAGAUCGGGUGAUGCCAAAGUUUUUGAUGAAGAAUUGUACAAAAAUUUAUCCAUAAUAGUGGACAAUCCAGACGACGUGUAUAAAACAGUGGACGACGUUUGGCAGAAAUUCAAUGAUUAUUUCUCGCUACUCAAUGGUGCUUUCCAAUAUGUUCCAGUAUUUCAAGAUUACUUCCGCCGAGCAUUGAGUGAAUUCUACCAAGACAAUGUACAGUGUGUAGAAUUAAGAGUUACAUUAUCUCCAAUCUAUGAAUUGGACGGAAGUGUCAAGUCUCCUGAAUGGAUUGUCAAUGCUUAUCGAACUAUAGCAAAAGAAUUCAUCCAACAGAACCCAGAUUUUCUGGGAGUGAAACUGAUAUAUUCUGGAAUCAGGUACGUAUUCUUUCCAAAACCCGAUAUUUUAAAAGAUGUAAAAACAGCGAUGUCCCUAAUUCAGAAAUAUAAAGAUUUUGUGGUAGGAUUCGAUCUUGUGGGACAAGAAGGUUUAGGAAAACCUCUAUUGUAUUAUCUAGACGCUCUGUUAUAUCCUUCUCAACAAUCACCACCUGUUAAUCUACCCUACUUCUUCCAUAGCGGAGAAACAAAAUGGCAAGAUACGAUAGUUGACUAUAACUUAGUCGAUGCUCUGUUACUAAAUACAACCAGAAUUGGACAUGGGUUUGCCCUCACUAAACACCCUUACAUUAAAAACAUGGUUGAAAAGAGGGGAAUAGCAGUGGAAUUAAACCCAAUUUCAAAUCAGGUCCUUAAGUUAGUCGAUGACAUCAGAAACCAUCCCGGGGCAAUACUGAUGACUAAAAAGUUCCCUGUAGUGGUAAGCUCGGACGACCCCGCUGUAUGGGGAGCAAAACCCUUAUCACAUGAUUUUUACAUGGCUUUUAUGGGUAUGUGUGGUGCCGAUGAAGGAAUCGCCAUAUUAAAACAGUUAGCAUAUAACUCCAUACAGUAUAGCGCUAUGACGAACGCAGAGAAAACCAAUGCAUUUCAAUCCUGGGAACAAAGAUGGAAUGCCUUCAUCAAAGACCUUGUCAGACAACACCAUAGUAGGAUUACUUCUCUUAGUAUAGUUGGUUAAAAUUAAAACUAUCAUGACAUUUUCAAGGGGCCUGAGUCAGUUGUUUUUAUUAUUAAACACCAUGUAUACUUAGGUAUUCAAAUUGCUUAACUAACUACACAAGCAUUAUUCUCUCAUUAGAAUUACACCUACAAACCUCUUCCUAUGCUUUCGCAACAUUACCUAAACGCUUGGAUCAUAGUGGUGUAAUCAAUAAGAAUAAUUUGAUAUAAAGGUACCUGUCUCAUUCCUAAACAUGCUCUCUGAAAACUGAUUUAAAGCUAUGUAAAGAGGUUUUCUAUAUAUUUUAUGUGAAUCGGGGACACUAAUAGCAUCAAUUUGCAUCAUUCCAAUUUUCAAUCAGGAGUAGUCUGUGGUUCCUGCAUAUCCACUAAAACCAAACAUUUUAUAACGUCACUAUCGAAUCAUAUCAAUAGUUUUAAGACACAUAGGAUUAAUUUUUCAUAAUAUUUGAUAAUUACAGGAACAGACACCUAACUGAAAAUUGGAAUGGUACAAUGGUACAAUCAGUUUUCCGAUACACAUAUCUUUUUUAAGAAAACCUCUUUAAGUUAUUGAUAUUAUGCUGCAGAUGAUGUUUAUAAACGAUACCCAUUAAUUCAGUAUAUAUAUAGCAAUAUAUUUUUAUGAACGGUGCUAAUUUAUCUGUGAUUGUCUGUGUUAUAUUUACAAAUGAUAUAUUCAUUUUGUAUUAAAAUUGUAUGCCGUCUUUAUUUGUUACAUUUUUGUUUGUUAUCCUUUUGUAGGUCAGUAAUUUGAAUAUAUACAAUUUGUAUAUAUAUCUUCCAUUUCUAUGCACUAUAUUUGUGUGGCUCAGGUUUAUAUUAUAUAUAUACAAUUGGAUGUGAAUUAAUUUACAAGAGUGAUGCUUCAGUUCCUUUAUCAUAUUAAAUAGCGGUUUCUGUGUGUUAUGGGUGGCGAGAGAAGAACUAUCCUAUCUGUGUGCUGUAUAGUCCAAACAGGAAGUGACGCAUGCCCCUAAAUAAGACCGUUAAAUCUCUAUACAAUAACUAUAUGUUCGUAAUAUGUCAUCAUCGAAAUGUUCCAAAAUCUUUUUCUAGUUAUCCAUUAGGAUAUUUCCUUUUGUACUUUUUGUACAUUUUGGCUAUUUUUCUACCACGUGACGUUACGUCAUGAACCAAAAUGUCAGUGUUCAGAAUUUUGAUUAAGCAAUGUUAAUUUGAUUUUCAAGGCGAAAUUUUAUAUACACAAUAAAUUAAACCAACCGGGACUGAGUUGGUAUUAAUAAUAUAUUAAUUGAUUUAA